GGAAGGGCCGAAUAUCAACCUUUUCUUGAUUAUAUGGGGCAUGCCACUGCAAUUUAUACCAAUGGAUCCACUUGUCUAAAAAAUUCAAACUUUCAGAAUCAUGCGAAAAUCAUAUUUUUGUGUGAUAGUAAAGCUGGAAUGGGAGUUCCUGUCCUUGUUACUGAGAAUGAGGAAUGUUACUUUAUUUUUGAAUGGAGAACUAGUGUAGUAUGUCCUGAAAAACCCAUCAAGGGCACUAAUUUCACAUCUUGUAAUUAUACUGACGAUAGCAGCAAUAUACAUUUCAAUCUUUUUCUUCUUCAAAGGACAAGAACAGAGCCAUGUUACGAGGUGACUGAUGGAAAUUUCUUCUUAUCUAUUAAAUAUAUGUGCCACCCUCGAGAAUUCACAUUUUGAAAACUGCAAAGAUGCUGGAAUAUGUAAAAUAGAAGGAAAUAAGAUUAAUAACUAUGGAAUGGCUGCAUCACAGAAGUUAACAUAUGAUGGCGAAAGAUUCAGAUUGGCAUUUUAUGAUGGAGAUGAUUGCUCUUCAGACAUUAAAGCAAAACUGAUUUCGGAAGUGCUUUUUGUUUGUAAUCCAUUUGUUGGAAAGGGAGAACCUGUAAUUCACAAGAAAUAUGCAUGCAUGACAGUAUUCCUGUGGGAAACAUCAUUAGCAUGUCAAAACCUGCAGAACCCAUGUGCUUUUGAUAUUGAUGGUAGCCAUUAUGAUUUUAAUCUUCUUUCAAGUUCAUUGCAUAAUUUUAAUACAUCAGACAAUAAAAACACGACUUACUAUAUUAACCUUUGUCAUGGAAUACAACAAACUGUUAAUACAUUUGGUUGUUCGCCCACAACAGCUGUCUGUAUGGUGGAUCCCGAGGGCUUAUCAUUAGGCAUGGUAGAAACUAUGAAAGUGAAAUCAUUUAGUAAGUUUCUUGCUCUGAUUUGCCAAAUUACUGAACAAAAACUAAAGACUCUUAUCACUCUGUUAAAGAAGAAUCUUCCUUGGAAACCUUUUAUAAACUGA